CGCGCUGUCCCUGUGCAUUGUGGGAGAUGCAAUGGCGGCCUCCAUGGUGUGAGGCCGGUCCGCUGCAGCAGCUUCAGCGCUAACAGAGUUGAUGGCGAUGAUGAGAAGAAUAUUGUUUGGACUGAAACCUGCAACGUGGAAGUCACGUAACCAAGAAAUCCAUAUUUUGAAAUGGAGAAAUGCUCUUGACCUGAGGCCUCGUCCAUAUCUACUGAUGCUGCUGCAAAGAUGGUUACCCAGUAAUAUUGACAAAUUCAGCCCGUUAUUCAUCCGGGUUUUCAGCACCAAAAGGAAAGGAAUAUAUAAGACUGCUGCUGUGAAACAAAAGCAGAUAAAGAAAGAAGUGGAGAUAAAGCAAAGAAUGACCGUUUCUGAACUAGCGAAAGCUAUGGAUAAAGAUACAGAUCAUGUAUAUGAAGCUCUGCUGCGUACAAGCAUGGAUACGGAUGAAUUAGAUGAUGACUUUGUCUUAGAUGAAAAAUGGAUAAAAGAUAUAAUUAAAAAAUCUGGAAUGAAGUUUAGAUGGGCAAAACUUACAGAAGAAAAAGUGAAAGAAAAUAAAGAUGCUGUGAAGAGGCCACCUGCAGAUCCAGCACUAUUAGUUUCAAGGUCGCCCGUAGUUACUAUCAUGGGCCACGUAGACCAUGGAAAAACAUCAUUACUUGACAGCCUUAGAAAAACCCAGGUUGCUGCAACGGAGGCAGGAGGUAUCACUCAGCACAUCGGAGCAUUCCUUGUUCAUUUAUCAUCUGGUGAAAAGAUAACCUUCUUGGAUACCCCUGGUCAUGCUGCCUUUUCAGCCAUGAGAGCCCGUGGUGCUAAUGUGACAGACGUUGUGAUCUUGGUUGUUGCUGCAGAUGAUGGAGUCAUGAAACAAACUGUAGAAUCAAUUCAACAUGCUAAAAAAUCUAAUGUUCCAAUAAUACUGGCAAUAAAUAAGUGUGACAAACCAGAGGCAGAUCCUGAAAAUGUAAAGAAGGAAUUGUUAGCCUAUGAUGUGAUUUGUGAGGAAUAUGGUGGUGAUGUUCAAUCUAUAAAUAUAUCAGCCAUUAAGGGAGACAAUUUGAUGGCUUUAGCAGAGGCUACUGUUGCUCUGUCUGAAGUGCUGGAGUUGAAGGCAGAUUGCACAGGUCCUGUUGAGGCUAUCAUAAUUGAAUGUCGGAAUGAUAAAGGGAAAGGACCAGUUACCACAGCUAUUAUCCAGCGUGGGACAUUGAGGAAAGGUUGUGUCCUGGUUGCAGGAAAGAGCUGGGCUAAGGUCCGAUUAAUGUUUGAUGAAAAUAACAAGACAAUGAAUGCUGCUGGACCGAGUACUCCAGUUGAGAUAGUGGGUUGGAAAGAACUUCCAUCUGCAGGAGAUGAAAUACUUGAAGUGGAAUCGGAGCAAAGAGCCAGAGAAGUUCUAGAUUGGAGAAGCUAUGUUGAAGCGCAAGAAAAAAUCAAGCAAGACUUUGAGGUGAUUGAAACCAAACAGAAGGAACACCUUGAGGCAUACAAGAAAGAACGGGAGAGCUAUAAUAGCUUGAACUGGAGACAGAGAAAAUCUGCAAUGUACAGGGCAAAUAAACAUCUAAUGGCAAAUAGGCCGAAAGAAAAGAGAGAAAUGGACAACUUUACACUUCCAAUAAUAAUCAAAGGUGACGUUGAUGGCUCAGUAGAAGCCAUUCUAAACAUCUUGGAUAGUUAUGAUGUUAAUGAGCAGUGUAACCUGCAAGUAGUCCAUUUUGGUGUUGGAGAUAUUAGUGAAAAUGAUAUAGUCUCAGCCGAGACAUUUUCAGGUUUGGUAUAUGGCUUUAAUGUAAAUGCUAACAAAGUGAUACAACAAAUGGCCACCAAGAAAGGAAUAAAAAUCAAAUUGUAUAAUGUUAUCUACCAGCUCAUUGAUGACCUUAAGGAUGAGCUGAUUGCCAAAUUACCCCCAGUUCUUGAGGAAAACACAAUAGGAGAGGCAUCAGUGUUGGCAAUUUUCCAUGUGACAGUAGGAAAAAAGGAGGUUCCUGUAGCGGGUUGUAGAGUUCACAAGGGUCAGUUGCAGCGGAAGAUGAAGUUUAUGCUCAUCCGCGAUGGGCAUAUUUUGUGGAGAGGUUUCCUUACUUCGCUCAAACAUCUGAAGGAUGAUGUCCCAGUCGUGAAGACGGGCAUGGAAUGUGGCCUCAGCUUGGAUAAUGAUAUUGAUAUAAAACUUGGUGAUGAAAUUAUUUGUUAUGAAGAAAAGGAAGUUCAACAAAGUAUCUCUUGGGAUCCAGGAUUUUAAAACGAAAUGCAAGCAGCCUAUAAAUUAUUGAAUAUAAUUAAAUUGAACUAUCAUUAUAAAUUCUGUCCAGUAAAAUGGAUAAAACAGGCAAGAUAUGUUUUUGUUGUACUUGAACUACUGUUUGGAAUGAAGACUGCUAAAAACUGUUGUAUGUUUCAUCACUUCUCAUGGAAGUGCCACUUAAGUGUCAUAAGGUAAGGAGUUAAUUUAUUGUGCAGAAAUAAAUAUACAGUAAUGGAGCAAUGCAGAAGAUCUUUUAAACAUAGCAAUAUCUCCAAAAUAAGUCUGAAAAAGAAUAUAGCAAAAUUGGCCAAUGACCCAGAAGGUUUCAAGCCACAGUUUAAAAUAACGUAAGUAUUGUGUAUUUUUUAAUUGUAUGUUUUAUUUCUUUGAGGAAAAGGAUGCUAUUUAUCAGUUAAAAAUGGUAAAUGUAGACUAAAUGUUUGGCACGUUGGUAAUGUAUUUGAUAAUGUUCAUAGUAUAUUGCAUAUUAUCAUUAUUUAUGAUCGGAACUUUGCUCUUGUUUUCAGCAGUUUUUAAGUAGAUUUGGCUCAUGAUAAGCCAUUAUCAAAGACGUGUGAGUUAAGCUGCAGGUUGGUCUCCAUUAGUUAUUGAAUGCAAGGAAUCCAUUCUCAACAUUUUAACCAAGGGGAUCAGAUGAUUUUGACCACGGAAAGGCUUUGAUUAUAACACCAAACAGGAAGAGAGAUUACUUGCAUGUUCUCCUUGACUAUUGUUCCACAGGUCCCCUAAUUUGAAAGUGAAAAAGGGAAAAUAGAUUAAAAUUAAUCUUCCUCUAAGUUCCAAAAAAAUUUAAAUUUCCAAUUUUUUUUUGUAUAUUUAGUGACUUUAUGAACAUACUGUUAAACACCUCUUAGGAAAUUAUUACUGUACAAAUUAUAUUUUUAUUUUAUGUUUUGAUUUUGAUUCUAAAAAUCAGUGGCGAGUUAAUGUGAAACCUUGGGUUUGGUGGCAUUUGCACAAUAUGGAUGGAUUGUGGUAAACUAAGUUCUGCUCAUAUUGAAAUGAUGUCUUUAAAUAACAAAGGGAAUAUUUGAAUCAUGUUUUAAUUGUGCUAAUAUAUUCCUUUAUGACCUUA